UCGUUAAGCCGAGGACUUCCAAAAGCCAGGCGCGGUUUUACUUCACUCUUAAGUUUUGGACUUCAGUUCCCCCGUUCUUUUUUAAAUAACCUUUCCGCUUAAAAUGUGCAGUGGCGGUGAUAGCUUUACGCUUUUAAUUGGGUUCAGAAGGUAAAGAUGCCUGCCUGCCUGCCAGGGUGCCCGGCCAGAGCCGCGCUGGCCAGCGCCCCGUGGCAUUUCAGCACACCUUCCGGGAAAGUCGGCGCUGUGCACACGCAGCUUACAACCCGCAGGGAGGACCUUUGCCCGAAUGUUUUCUGUCCUUGGACGCAGACAAACCGUCAGCUGUGGAUCUUACCAUAAAAUUCCCCACAGAUGACAAUGUAAAAAGAAAAUGGGUAUUAGCGAUGAAAAGAUCUGAUGUGAAUGCUGCAGGCUUUUGGGAGCCUAAAAAGGGAGAUGUGUUGUGUUCAAGGCACUUUAAGAAGACAGAUUUUGACAGAAGUGCUCCAAAUAUUAAACUGAAACCUGGAGUCGUACCUUCUAUCUUUGAUUUCCCACCUCACUUACAGGGGAAAAGAGAACAACUUCCUUGUAGAAAACACUUUAUCCUCAAAACCCUUCCAGUCACAAAGCACAAUCACAAGCUUGUUGGUGCUUCCACGUGUAUCGAAGAAUUUCGAUCCCAGUUCAUUUUUGAACAUAGCUACAGUGUAAUGGACAGUCCAAAGAAACUUAAGUAUAAAUUAGAUCAUGUGAUCAGCGAGCUAGAGGAUACCAAGAAAAGUCUGCGGAAUGUUUUAGACCGAGAAAAACGUUUCCAAAAAUCAUUGGGGAAGACAAUCAGGGAAUUAAAGGAGGAAUGUCUCAUCAACCAAGAAACAGCAAAUAGACUGGAAGCUUUUUGUUGGGAGUAUUGUCAGGAGAGCAUAGAAUGAGACUAUAUUUCAUGAAAUAAUUUCACGUUAUGUUUAACUUAAAAUUUUUGGAAAGUAAUUCUUAUUUACCAUCAUUAAAUACUGUCUAUCAUUUAGAGUGCUUCUUUGGAUCCUCUUCAGCAUUAAGCAUUAUAGUUGUUAUCCAAAGACGGUUUUUGAAGACAUGCAGAAAUUUGUGUUCUCUUGUUUUGGUGUGACUUGUGACAAUUACAUUUUUAUAUACCUAGACUAGUGCCAGGUCAUUAUUGUAAGUGAAAAGAUCAAGAACAUUCCUCUGGACUGAGGAAAUGAUGUCAUAUCAGCAUGUUAAGCUACAGUAGUAGGAACUAAGCACUUCUUCAGCAGCAGCAGAUUUUUCACUUCAAAGGAAUACUUGUAUUGUUUACAUAGGUUCUCUUUAUGGUAAAUAUGUUCAAUUACACUUUAAAUGUAUCUUACUGUAAAGCAGAAUUUAUAACACAUGUCAAUCUUGGAUCCAUUCCAAGGUGCUUUUGUUAUCAGUAAUACCAAAAGAUCUUUUUACAAGACAUCUCAUGGUACUGACCCUGAGAACAGCAUAUGGUACAGAACUUUAGGCUUUUAAAGUUGUCCAGAGACAAGUUAAGAAGACCCCUGGACAAGGUCUGUUUUCAAUACAGUACAUUGUUCUUCCUCACUAUGAGUAAUUUGGUGUAAACCUGUGUAGCUUUAAAAAUUUCAGAAGGGGUCAUAAAUCUGAUUUUUCUAAUAGCUAGUUACUCUGACAGUUCUGAACAUUCUUUUUUUUUUACUGGAAUUUCAUCAUAUGCAAUAGUAGUUGGAAUUUGAGUGUCAAUUAUUUCAGUGUGUUAACUAGAAAUGAACUGCAUUUUAUGCUAAAAUGUUCAUUAUAAUUUUAUUUGUGAUAUAUUAAUAUCAAUAAGGAUAUGGUCACUUGAUUUUUUUUAUAUUUAAGAAUUCUCUGUUUUAAUGCAUGUUAUAUUUUUAUAUAGGAUUCCAAACCUUCCCCCUGAAUGGGAUUUUACCCACAUUUGACGGAUCAGCAUUAUGCUAAGAAAUCACUGAGGUCAUAUAUUUUUGCUACCUUAAAAAAACCAAAAACUCAUUAGUUACCCAUUAUUUAUUUUAGUUAAUUUAAGUUUGACUUCAUAAUGGACAUUUCAUUGGGAAGUUUGGGUAUGACCUUAGGUUUUAUAGUGAUUCUGUGACAGAUAUGGAGAUUUUUUUCCCUCACCCUAUUUUUUAAUGUAAAAAUUAAAGUCAGUGGACAGUGGAGAAAAGUACAGUGGGGCAUUGACUUACAAGUUUAAUUCGUUCCGAGAUCAAGCUCGUUAAGGAGCUCAUUAACUCAAAUUACUCUAUCAACUCAAUGCAAAAAAUCUGCCGAGAGACAGCUGGUAUCUCAAAAAACUCGUUAGGACACUUGUAAGUCAAGGCCCCACUGUAAAAGGAUAGAUCCAAAACAGUGUGUUCAAAUUCUAGCUCUCUACAGGCUGCUUAGAAUAAAUCAAGCCCGGGAGACCUUCACAAAAAUCAAGUCCCAGCUUCUGCCACUAUCAGUUACCAGUCACUUUUACUACUUGUGUUCUUUUUCAUUGGUCUUCGUAUCACUGAGCGAGAGAUAACUGUGAGAAAAUAUUGGUAUCAUCAAUGACUUGGAGCUACCUAUUUGCUCUUUAUUUUUAUGGAGAAGUGAUUACCAAUAGAAAUAUGACAUAAACAAGGUCCUCCCCACCUGCCACCCCAAACAAAUACCUGAAUACAGUAUAUACCUCAGUUCACGGUUCCCAGAGAACAGUUCUUAGCCUGGGGAAGAGCUGUUCUCUGCAGAGCAAAACCAGUCAUCCCCCAUCCAGAGGUUCCUCCAGCAACCAAGGUCAGCCUAAGGGUUUUACUUUGUUUUAAGUCUUGGAGUGGCCUCUGGAUUCUGGAACAAACCAAUAUACAAGUUCAACCUCAGCACCAAAUCAGGUAUGAAGGACUUGAUAUGGCGUUUUUCUCCAUAUAAAGUUUAAAUCUUUAGACUUUGGUUGCUAAAGUUAAUCAUAAUUAUAACAUAGUCUUUAAUUGGAGAAAUGAUGAACUGUAUUAAAAUAUGUGUGCUUUGUUUUAAUAAAAAGAUAAAAUUGUUACAGAAAUAACUGGGGGGUGAAGAAUCUGUUAUAUAUUUGAAAAAGAAAAUAUUUUCUUUAGUAAUGUGCUCUAUGUGGUUUUUGUACAUUUAGUUAUUCAAUAAAAUG